UCACAUUUCACAUCGUACCAAGCCGUCGUGGAGGCUGCCCGUGCGUGAUAUCGUUAAAAAUUGACACGUCUUGCUAAUCGCGUACACGCGAAAACUAUCACUUUCGCCACAGUUCAAAAUCAAUUUCAACUAUGAUACAGUGAUUAAAACAUCCAGGACCACGUCACAACGGCUCUUCAAGAACUCAAUAUGCCCCAAUGGGCUAGCAGUGAAGGCGGAGGGACUGAAGUGGCGUCUCCGAACCAAAUGCUUAAAUAUGAUGAAACCGAGUGUUACGAUGACAAAGCUGAAGAUGCUGAUAAAAUUGAACAGACUGGUGAUUUUUACGACAGCGGAAGCAGUGAUGAGGUACGGCGAGUGAGUCGUCGACGAACAGCUGCUAGUUCUUCUUCGUCUGGCGGUUCCACUGGUCCAGGCCGGCGAAGGCGAUGCGGGAUCUCAGCGAGGGAAAGAAAUCUACGAAGAUUGGAGAGCAACGAACGCGAACGUAUGCGCAUGCAUUCACUGAAUCGAGCGUUUGAGGAUCUCCGCCGUGUCAUUCCGCAUGUUAAAAAGGACAAUCGAAGUUUAUCAAAGAUAGAAACUUUAACUCUUGCCAAAAACUAUGUUAAAGCUCUCACGAAUGCUAUUUGCACGAUGAGGGGAGAAGGACCUCGAUACCAAUUUAACAACGAAGAUGAAAAUGUAGAGCCUGUAUUUGUUAUAUCCAAAGACCAGGAACAAAAUAACAAUGUAUCAAGUGAUGGAGAUAUAGACGAUUCACCCAAUAUUUGUCUUUGACGAUACUCGCGUUUUGCAGUAGGCCACACAAGGCCGAUGUUGCCACAUUCUGUGGCUCGAAGAAAUGGAUCAGCGGAAUAAGAUCUACAAUUGACUGGCUAUGUUUGGACACCGAUAUAGAACAAAAUAUACAAUUGUAACAACGUUUUAAAUGUCCUAGUCUUGUAAUUUUAUGUACUAGAGCCCCACGAUAUAUUUUGUGUAAAUUUAAGGAUGUUUUUUCUAAAUAAAAAUUAAUUUGGAAUUAUAAAAUUGCAAAACCAUUGGAUAAACAUAAAAUCUGGGUAAUACAGUUCCAAUAUUCAAUAUACAAGUUGUUGGACGUGUCGCGGAAAGUUGUGACGUUCAUGGCUAUAAUUAGGCUCGAAAGUAAAAAAGGCCCCAGACAAAACAUUUGGCGACAUAAAGUGCAUAAGACAGACUUUUUAUUCACGGCAAGUAACUAUUGUUUUUAAGUUCAGGUUCAGGAAAUUGUAAACAGGAAUUUAUAAACAUACCACAACAUUUAAAUGUUUCAUACAUUUUUGGAUUUACGCGCACAAAAAAAAAACAUAGCACUUGGCAGCAAAUGGGUAAUCAGUAAAAUUAAAUUGUGACCAUUAUAUUUUGACGGAAUCUUUAUCACACGAUUUGUCAUUUAUGUCGUAUCUAUUCAUCGAUUGUUACUUUUAUGUCAGUUACAUAUGAUCCUGGAUUAAGGAAUAUUAAACAAUUUCUUGGACCUCCGAGUCCUUCAUACUCUUUACACAAACAUAAACAUCAAAAUAUUUUUAUUAUUCAGAUACAAUCUGUUGGUGAUUUCAUUCUCUCUCUUGCUAUGGUUGUAAUAAUUGGUACUUAAUGUUGUACAAAAGACCCAGUUUUUGCAACUCAUCCGUCUCAGUUCGAUCUCUCCUAAGGUGCCAAUUACAUAUUAAGAUUAUUUUAAUAUGUAUUCUAGCACGUUUUUAAAUAUAUAGAUACUUUUUUUUUAUUUUGUGUUUUUGUUAGAUUUUUAUAUGAGAAUGUUAUCAUUUUUGUAAUUUUAUUAUUUAUAAAGAAAUUUUAUAAAAUGUAAUCCAUGAAGGUACUUUAUUAUUGUUGAAAAUUUACUUUACGGAAAUUAUAUAAUAAUGGUAGAUUUUUUUAUAAAAUUUUAUGUAAUAUAUUUGUAUGUUUUAUUAAAAUAAAACUACAUACUUUGAAAUCUCAAUUAAAAGUUACCAGAAGCCUGUGUUACCUAAAUAUUUAGUUCUAAGUCCAAAUUAUGGAAUUGUAAACCUUAGUGAUUAAGUAUUAUAAUUUAAAUUAUAUUAUUGCUUUGUAUCCGAAUCACAAAAAGGCGUAUUCUAAAAAUUUGUUUGAAAUUGAAAUUGUGAACAGCUAUAUAAUGGUAUUAGGAUAUUGAAGUAUGGAUGACUAUGUACCACAGACUUAAGUCUGUAUUACUUAUAUGUAGUAUUAAAAAAUACAAUUAUUAUGCGAAGCAAGA